AUGGAUGUAGAGGAAACCUGCGGGACUCUCCGACAAUAUGGACUGAAGCUAAACCCAUUGAAAUGCCUGUUUGGAGCUAAAGGAGGAAAGUUCUUGGGUUAUCUAGUGACCGAGCGAGGAAUAGAAGUCAAUCCAAAAAAGGUUCGGGCACUACGGAAUAUGCAAGUUCCUCAGAAUUUAAAGGAAACACAGAAGUUGGUAGGCAGAAUAACAGCCCUGUCAAGGUUCAUUUCCAGAUCUACAGACCGGGCUUCUCCUUUCUUCAAAGUACUCAGGAAGGCCUCCAAGUUUCAGUGGGACAAGGAAUGUACCCGAGCUUUCGUGGAACUGAAGAAGUAUUUGGAGGCUCUGCCGUCCUUAUUCACGUCGGUCGUUGGAGAACCACUGUGGGUUUACUUGUCUGCUACCCCUGAGGUCGUAGGGGCUGUGCUUGUUAAAGAACAGGAUAAUGUACAGCGGCCAAUGGCCACUAACAACGAGGCAGAGUAUGAGGCUUUGCUGGCCGGGUUGCAGGCAGCUCGACAUGUAGGGGCUGCCCGGGUCAUCAUUUACUCAGAUUCUCAGUUAGAAACCCAGCAAGUGGUUGGCAACUUUGAGAGGGAUGCUCAAAAGCUGGUUAACACCUGCCUGUCCUGCCAGAAACAUCAGAAUCUGACACAUCGACCAACUGCGCUACUAAGAGCAUCUAUAGUCUCGUGUCCCUUUGAUCAGUGGGGCAUGAAUAUUGUAGGACCAUAUCCAAUGGCCCCAGGUCAGAAGCGGUUCUUACUGGUAGCGGUGGAUUAUUUCUCCAAGUGGGUGGAAGCAGAGGCCCUGGCCAGGAUUACAGAGGGGUUGUCAUUCAAUUUUUAUGGAAGAACAUUCUAUACUGAAGUAGUUAAUCUAGAGAUUGUCAGAGGGCUCAAGGUCAAGCUGGAUCAUGUAGGGGGCAAUUGGGUGGAAGAACUACCGAGCAUCCUAUGGGCCUACCGUACAACGCCCAGGGAGAGCACAGGCCUGACACCCUUUCAUCUGGUAUACGGUAACGAAGCAGUGGUACCUAUAGAAGUUGGGGUGCCGUCUGUUAGAAGGAUAUUGAAUGAUGAGGGAAAUACUGAAUGGCGGUUAGCAGAGCUGGAUCUCAUUAGCGAAAUACGUGAACGGACAGCAGCCAGAUUGGAGGCUUAUCGACAAAGAAUGAGGCAGAAUUACAAUAGAAAAGUGAUUCCUCGGUUCUUUGGGGAAGGAGACCUGGUCUGGAAGUAA